GCUGCCUGCCCUAAACAACAUUUUUUCUGUUAUCACUGGUCAGACAGACUUGCACCGCUUGCCAUCCCCUCCCGACCAAAAUGUCUUCCAUCGGCACCCUCUACACUAUCGACCGACAAGACUACGGCAAGCGCCUCAAGGCGAUCGCCGCGUUCGCGGGACUUGCUCUCGAGGUGCCCUCGGGUUUCGUCUUGGGCGAGACGAACAAAACGCCUGAAUACCUCGCCAAGUUCCAACACGGCAAGAUCCCUGCCCUGGAGACGGCGGACGGCUUCAAGCUUUUCGAGACUCAGGCUAUUGCACGCUACCUUGCGUCGCUCGCGCCUAACAGCAAGUUGCAGGGCUCUGACCUCAAGGACGCCGCUCUUGUCGACCAAUGGGUUGCAUUCACCGACAGCGAGCUCAACGCACCUGGCCGUGUUGUGUUCCAGCUUGUCAAUGGCGCACUGGCUCCCUACACCAAGCCCAUCCACACCGCAUUCCUUGACCGUGUCGAGCGCUCCCUCGGCACCCUUGAGAAGCACCUCACCAGCAACACCUUCCUCGUCACCGAGCGCAUUACCCUUGCCGACAUUACCCUCGCAUCUGUCGUCCAGCGCCAACUCACCUACCUCAUUGACGCUCCCCUGCGCGCAAAGUACCCCAACGUCAUCCGCCACUUCGAGACUGUCGUCAACCAGCCCUCCCUGAUCGCCGUAUUCGGUCCGACGGAGUACGUCGAGAAGGCGAAGCAGUUCACCCCGCCCCCGAAGGAGAAGAAGGAGGCGAAGCCCGCUGCCGCACCUGCGCCCAAGGCUGAGAAGAAGCCUAAGGUGAAGGAGGAGGAGGAUGACGACCUUGACCUUGUGCCGAAGGAGGAGCCGAAGGAGAAGAACCCCCUCGAUCUCCUCCCCAAGUCCAACUUCAACCUCGAGGACUGGAAGCGUGCGUACUCCAACAAGGAGACACGCGGUCCCGGCGGUGCCAUCGAAUGGUUCUACGAGAACUACGACUCGGAGGGCUUCUCCGUCUGGCGCGUGGACUUCAAGUACAACAACGAGCUCACGCAGACAUUCAUGUCCUCGAACCAGAUCGGCGGCUUCUUUAACCGCCUCGAGGCAUCGCGCAAGUACCUCUUCGGCUCUGUGGGCGUGCUCGGCCAGACGAACGACUCGAUCAUCACCGGUGUGCUGAUCGGCCGUGGGCAGGACAUCAAGCCCGUCGUCGAUGUCGCGCCUGAUUGGGAGUCAUACGAGUACAAGAAGCUCGACCUCAGCAAUGCGGAUGACAAGGCGUACUUCGAGGCCGCACUCGCAUGGGACCUCGAGAUCGACGGCAAGAAGUGGGUGGAUGGCAAGAACUUCAAGUAAAUGUAUCGAUAUCCUGUUUGCUCUGUGUGUUAGAUUGCCGUCUUUGCAUGCUUCUGUAUUGUGUUGUUACAUCUCAUCCCGGGGACGUGUUGUGCUGUUGCAGUAUACUCAAAAUGAAAAACAAUGUGAAAGUAUGUCGGA